UUCCCAAAAACAGUCGUAACGGAUCCCUUGGACGACACACACCCCGACGCCAGCAGACAUGCUCAACUUUUUACAUAUUCCCCAGGCCGAUCCCGACCCGAUACCCCUGGCGGGCUCACCCUGGCCCAUCGUGACCAUCGUCGUGGGGUACCUGCUGUUCGUCUUCAAGCUGGGGAGGGUGUUCAUGAAGAACCGCCAGCCCUACGACUUGAGAAAGGUCCUGCUGGUCUACAACCUCUUUCAGGUGGCCUACAACGCGAUAUACUUCAUUGUGAUAGCCUACUACCUGGGCUACCGGGGCAUCUGCAACCUGAAGUGCAUCGAGAGCUUCCCCCAAGGCCACGAACACAAGACCCUGGAGCGGACCAUGCACUUUGCCUACAUCUUCAACAAGGUCAUCGAUCUGAUGGACACCGUGUUCUUCGUCCUGCGGAAGAGCUACAAGCAGAUCACCUUCCUGCACGUCUACCACCACGUCUUCAUGGUCAUGGGCGGCUAUGUCCUGAGCAGGCUCUACGGCACCGGGGGCCACUUCAACGCCCUGGCGUUCCUCAACACCUUCGUCCACGUGGUUAUGUACUUCUACUACUUCCUGUCCUCGCAGUACCCCGGCGUGAAGGCGAGCAUCUGGUGGAAGAAGUACAUAACCCUGGUCCAGCUGGCCCAGUUCGUGAUCCUGCUGACCUACACAGCCUACGUGCGGUUCUUCUCACCGAACUGCGGUGUCCCGCGCCCCAUUCUCUACAUAAACAUGCUCCAAGGACUCGUCUUCAUCUACCUGUUCGGAAAGUUUUAUGUUCGGGCGUACAUGCGGCCAGCAAAGCCCCAAUCCAAGGCCCAGUAAUUGCCUAUUUUUCUCUAUUUUAAAUUGAAAUUGUUCGUUUUUCUAGCCAAAUUAAAAUGCGCAUUCGUAAUCACCCGGUCUGCGCAUGCAACUCGGGUGUCGAGUGGAAAAAAGUGAAA